GGGCCAGCAGCAAACAAAAACAAAGGACUUCUGGAGUACGUUAAGCAGAAGAUAACAAAAAUUUGUAUUUAACAUGAAACUGUUAUCUGAAGGACAACUUAGAUUUUGUGCUGUUCAACCAAUGCAUCUCAUAUCAUGGCUCAUCAUAGGUUUUAUUCUGAAAUCUAUCUCUCCUCUAAAACCUGCCCGACUUCCAAUUUAUCAAAGGAAGCCUUUUAUAGCUGCUUGGAAUGCGCCAACAGACCAGUGCUUGAUAAAAUAUAAUGUCAGAAUAAAUCUGAAGAUGUUUCAGGUGAUUGGGAGCCCAUUGGCCAAGGCCAGGGGGCAAAACGUCACUAUAUUUUAUGUCAACAGACUAGGAUACUACCCAUGGUAUACAUCACAGGGGGUUCCCAUUAAUGGGGGUCUCCCCCAAAACAUAAGUUUGCAAGUCCAUCUGGAAAAAGCUGACCAAGAUAUUAAUCAUUAUAUCCCUGCUGAGGAUUUCAGUGGACUUGCUGUCAUUGACUGGGAAUACUGGCGACCACAGUGGGCUCGGAACUGGAACACAAAAAAUGUCUACCGACAGAAGUCAAGAAAGCUUAUUUCUGACACCCAAGAGAACAUCUCAACUACUGAUAUUGAAUAUUUGGCCAAAGCAAAUUUUGAAGAAAGCGCAAAAGCUUUCAUGAAGGAAACCAUUGAAUUGGGGAUUAAGAGCCGACCCAAGGGCCUUUGGGGUUACUACUUAUAUCCUGACUGCCACAAUUACAAUGUUGAUGAUGCCGAUUAUACUGGGUCAUGCCCAGAAGAGGAAGUUUUGAGGAACAACGAGCUCUCGUGGCUCUGGAAUAGCAGUGCUGCUUUAUAUCCUUCUGUGGGGGUCAGGAAACCCCUUGGAGACAGCAAAAACAUUCUGCGCUUCUCACAAUUCCGGGUGCAUGAAUCCAUGAGGAUCUCCACCAGGACAUGCCAUGAUUAUGCACUGCCUGUAUUCGUCUAUACAAGGCUGGGCUACAGAGACCAACCUUUGUUUUUUCUUUCUAAGCAAGAUUUAAUCAGUACCAUUGGAGAAAGUGCUGCCUUGGGAGCUGCAGGCAUUGUUAUUUGGGGAGACAUGAACUUAACUUCAUCUGAGGGCAACUGUACAAAGGUGAAGCAGUUUGUGAGUUCUGACUUAGGGAGCUACAUAGUCAACGUGAGCAGAGCUGCUGAGGCAUGCAGCCUUCAUCUCUGCAGGAAUAACGGCAGAUGCGUAAGGAAGCUGUGGAAAGCUCCCGAUUACCUUCACUUGAACCCUGCAAGUUACCACAUCGUGACUUCUGAGGAUGGAGAAUUUAAAGUGAAAGGGGAAGCAUCUGAUACGGACCUGGCAGCUAUGACAGAGAAAUUUUUCUGUCAUUGUUAUCAAGGAUAUGAAGGGGUUGAUUGCAGAGAAAUGAAGAUGGCUGAUAGCAGCUCGAGGGUUUCCUCCUUUUCAGGCUCACUAAUCACACUGUGUCUGUUGGUUUUAGGGGCUGUCAGAGAAUUCAGUUGUGAGAUAAUUGAGUUUAAAGGGAAUUGUGUGGCCUGCAGAGUAGUAACUUAG